AUGUUUAUAUAUGACCAUGAACUUGAUGCACCUUCCAAAGACGACAUCAGUGAGCAAGCCAAGCAACAGUUGUUUAAUAACAUAUGCGAUUCUUUUCAACCAGCUGGGUCAUUCAAACCAUUGACAACAUAUGCUUCAGCUAUGCAUGAUUGGUGGCAGCGAUCACUCGUCAAUAGUACACCAACAUUUCGAAAACGUUUCAAAAUUUCGUUUCAAGAUGCAGUUGAAACUUCUUUACAUCAAGAAGCUUAUAAGAAGGAUCAUCAAAUAAUACCUGAUCUAAAAACUUACAUAGAGGCUCGACGUGUUUCAGUUUACGGAACAUUGGUAUGUACAUUGAUUCAAUAUUCUCUUGGUUUUGACCUACCAGAUGUAUGUCUGGCUGAUAAAACAUUGAAACGUAUUAUGGAAUGUUUCAUGGAUGCUGGUGCAUGGGCAAAUGAUAUUUAUUCGUUCAAUAAUGAACAAUCUGAGGGUCAUUAUAACCUGGUCUCAGUACUUAUGAAUGCCAAUUCAUCACUGAGCAUUCAACAAGCAAUGGAUCAAGCAGGACAAAUGGUUAUUGAUGUUUAUGGUGACUUUCAACGUCUCCGACACGAAUUACCUUCAUGGGGAGCAGACAUUGACUCUCAGGUAGAACAAUUUGUGGAUGGUUUGGGUGAUAUGGUACGAGGAAAUCUUUGUUGGUGUUUUGAAACAGAAAGAUAUUUUGGAUCCGAAAGAGAAGAAGUUAAACGAACAAGACGCAUCAAAUUAUUACCACCGAAAAUAAAAGUACAAGAGAAUAUUUUACAUUCACAAAAGAAUGCUAAGAUAUCAUCAAGUGAUCACAAAGACAAAGAUAAUGUCCAUAAACUCAAUGAUCUCGAAAACGAAAUGGAUCAUAACAUGGAUAAUAAUAGCUGUGGAAAUCUAGAUGCUAUCUUGGAACCAUUUAAUUAUUUAAAAUCUUUACCUGGCAAAAACGUUCGAUCUAAACUGAUUGAAGCAUUGAAUUAUUGGUUUCAAGUAUCUGAAGAGAAAUUCAAAGUUAUCGAUGAAAUCAUGGGUAUGCUUCACAAUGCGAGCUUGUUAAUUGAUGAUAUUGAAGAUGGUUCUGAACUGCGACGAGGUUCACCAGUGGCACAUUUAAUUUAUGGUACUCCUCUAACAAUUAAUGCUGCUGAAUUAGUCUGCUUUCUUGCCAUACAAAAGGCAUAUACAUUAGAUAAUCCGGACGUCGGACGUAUUCUGAUCGAUCACUUGGUUGAAUUACACAAAGGACAAGGAUAUGAUAUUUGGUGGCGAGAGAAUAACAUUUGUCCAACAGAAGAGAACUAUUAUAAGAUGAUCGACAACAAAUGUGGAGGUCUUUUUCGUUUGACCUUGGAUCUUUUAAGAAUAUGUUCACCAAUUAAUUUUACUGAAGAGAAAACCAAAGCAAUUAAUGAGUUAUGUCAAACUUUUGGUUUAUUUUUUCAAAUUCGAGACGACUAUUGCAAUUUAGUUUCUACAGAAUAUACACAAAAAAAGACGUUUUGUGAAGAUUUGACCGAAGGCAAAUACUCUUUUCCAAUUAUUCAUGCAAUACAAAAUCGUCCAAAUGAUAAUCGAAUUCAAAAUGUUCUCAAACAACGCACAAAUAAUAUGAAUCUGAAACAAGAAGUCGUCAAAUUAUUACAUGAAUUCGGAUCAAUCAAAUACACCAAAGACAAAUGUAUGAAAUUAGCUGAUGAAUGUUAUGCAUUAAUUAAAAAAUUAGAAGAUAAUAUACAUUUUAGAAUAAUUAUGAAUCACCUAACUCUCAUUUUCGAUGAUUCAACACAAAACGAUUCUAUGCAAAGCAAACAUAUUUAA